UACCAAAGUUCACACAUCUGUCAAUCGAAUAGAAAAUAAAAAAGAAAUAAAAAACCAAAACCACAAAACUAAAUUAACUCCCUAUUACUGUAUUAAAAAUUAAAUAAAUUAAAUUCCAAGAAGCAAAGAAUCGACAACAAUCACAUAAAUCUCAAAACGAAACAAGAUUACCCCAGGGCAUUGAGUGUCAAUUGAAAGCUGCCAAAGAAGGAAGUAAAUGCCAGCAGCCAACACAUUUUGUAAACAAAUUCCAAGUUCAAGUGGAUUUCUCUGUCCCCUUGCCUGAAAGUGGAGUCCAGACUGUUGCAGGGACUAUGUAAAGCUUGUCCAGGAAAUGAUUUAUUCAUUCAAAGCUAAAUUAAAGGAAAUAUUUUAGAUCCCAAUAAUAUUUAUAAAUAAAAGACUUGUGGAAGCAUAUCUGGACAAAUCCAAUCAAGAAAAGCUGGUCUUUAGCUACAAAAAAAAAAGAGGCAACAACAAAAUGUGUAAAUUAAAACGAAAUCCAAGAAAAUAAAAACCAAACGACAUUAUUGUGUGUGGACGGGCAGUUGGUCGCCUGCCGCACACAAAUAAAUUCAGGGGAGCAGCAGAGCAAACAAGCCAACAGACAGAAUUACACCAUCCACACCACUUUGGAAUGAGAAAAAUGUUGUUGACAAACAUCAAACAUUGGCUCUUUCUAAUGAGUACAAUAUGUCUGAUAGUCAUAGGAUAUUGGGUCUUUGGUACCGAAGUGAAAAUUGUUGCUUUGAAACCCUUGACUAAUCAACGACAACCAUCCGUAUUGGGGGUAGAUGAGUGGCGCAAAGCUAUCUCUUUGGAUAAUUUCGAUUAUGAAGAACAGCUGGUGGUGCUCUAUAAUCGUGUACCCAAAACGGGUUCAACAAGUUUUGUAAAUAUCGCCUAUGAUUUGUGUAAAAGGAAUCGUUUCCAUGUUCUGCAUAUCAACAUAACAGCGAAUAGUCACGUAUUGUCAUUACCAAAUCAGGUCUCAUUUGCUCGUAAUGUCACCAAAUGGCAUGAAAUGAAGCCAGCUUUAUAUCAUGGACAUGUGGCAUAUUUGGAUUUUUCAAAAUUCCAGAUAUCGCACAAUCCAAUUUAUAUUAAUUUAGUACGUAAGCCAUUAGAUAGGCUGGUAUCCUAUUAUUAUUUUCUACGUUAUGGUGAUAACUAUCGUCCGAAUUUAGUACGUAAGAAGGCUGGCAAUAAAAUUACCUUCGAUGAGUGUGUUAAACUAAAACAGCCCGAUUGUGAUCCGAAAAAUAUGUGGCUGCAAAUACCAUUCUUUUGUGGUCAUGCAGCCGAAUGUUGGGAGCCGGGCAGUCAAUGGGCCCUAAAUGAGGCUAAAAAUAAUUUGGUUAAUAAGUAUUUUCUCGUUGGCGUCACGGAACAAAUGGAAGAUUUUGUCGAUUUGCUGGAGAAAUCAUUGCCAAGAAUGUUCCAUGGUUUCCGUGAAUACUAUCAACAUUCCAAUAAAUCUCAUCUACGCAAUACCCUAAAUAAACGUCCACCCAGCGAAGAGACUGUGGCAGCUAUAAUGGAGUCUAAAAUUUGGAAAAUGGAAAAUGAGCUAUACGAAUAUGCCCUGCAGCAGUUUGAGUUUAACAAACGAAAACUUCUACAGCCGGACAAAAAGCAAAUACAACGUUAUAUGUAUGAGAAGAUUAAACCGAAAUAGAAAUGGAAACGGAAAAGGAAGCGCAAAUUCCUUUUGUAAAUAGAAUACAAUUAUGUUGUAUUGAUGUCUAGGGCAAAUGUUUGAUGGCCUUCCUACGAGACAAACUUAUGUACUUAAUUUUCUUUUUUUCCUUUUGUAUAUUAUUUAAUAAUUUAUUUUAAGAAAAAAAGCUAUUCCAAUUACUUCCAGAAAAGAAAAUUUAUUUUUAAGCUUUUUUAUUUUUAAAUUGUAUUUUAGUCGAUAUUUAAAAAAAAUAUUUUAAAUGGGAAAUCUAUUCCCCAAAAGUUAUUGUAAACAAGUUGCCAAAUGAAUUCGUAUUUUUAAUUUUCCAAUUGUAUUAUUUUUUUUUGUUUAUAAACAUAGUUAAAUAUCAAAAGCAAUAUGUAUGAAAAUGUUUUUAAUGAAAUAUCCCCCCC